ACUAUAGAAUCUAGAAAAGAUGAAGGCACAUUUAAGAACUAGGGUGGUUAUAACCGACCUCGUCUCAGCUAGCUGAAACUGUCUCGUUGCCAAACUUGAGUAGUGCUUAUUAAUUCUUCGUAUUCCUAUUCUAUUUUUGUUUCUAAUGUUAUUUUGAGGCAGGGCUUUAUUCUAUUAGAUUGCCUCUUAUUUUAUCUUUUGCUAAACCUUCCACAAAACCCUAGACAUGUAUGACAAAACCUUAAAAAUUUAACACGUGCAGAUUGCAUGCUCAAGAAGUGUCCAGAUUAUUAAAAAUUAAAAAUAAAAUAGAAGGAUGUGUGAAUGCAUGGGUGAACAUAUGUUGUUGUCCAACAAGUCUCACGUGGGCAGCGGCGGAGCCAAUAUAGUACCGGGGGGGUCACAUGCCCCCCUAAGUUUUUCAUAUUUAUACUAUUUCCCUUAUAUAUGAAGUUUAUAUCUUUUGUGUCCUUUAUAAAAUUAUAAUAGUGUCCCUCCUUAAAUAAUGUAAAAUUCGUUUUAAAAAUUUUAAAAGUGCUCUAUUAUAUUUUUUUUGUUCAUUCUUUUAUACCCUGGACUGGAAAGUCAAUGGUAAGAAUUGAAUUAAUUGAACGUUUAUUUUUUAUUAUGGGAUUUGUUUAGUUGAUUGUUUUUCUCCAUAAUGGGAUUUUUUGUUGAGUUGAUUAAUAGUGUUGAAUUUGUUAAUCAUAAAUUCAGUUGGGUUGUUGAUUGUGGAUUUCUAAGCUAUAUUAAUGUAAUUUUCACGAUAAUUGUAAUAUUAAAUCUCAACAAUAGACCCUCAAAAAAAUGUAUAAAUUUAAUAGUAUCUCGUUGUUUAUUGUGGGGUUUUUUUCCCCUUCUUUUCAAUGAUGUGAAUAAUAUGUUGUUAAAAUCUACCAUCACCUACUCCACCUACUACCCCUACCACCACCUACUACCACCUACUACACACCUACCACUACCACCUACUCCACCUACUCCACUAUGUGUCCUAUAUAAGGAACCCCUCGCCAUUUGUAAUAUACAACAAUAUCAAUCAAUAAUACAUCAAUUUUAACAUGGUAUCAGAGCAAGGUUAAGAACCUAUUCAUUCUGCUUCACCAGCGGGCGGCAGCCUCACCUUGGCCGCCCGCCGGAUCUCUACACAUACCCAGACUGUAACUUCUUCUUCACCCUCGCCGUCGGCGUCGAGGUCCGAUCACUCUCCCUCGACUCCCUCCGCGAAGUCACCGGCUGUUUGCUCGAGAUGAACCAGGAAGUCGUCAAAGUCAUCCUCGAUUGCAAGCAAGACAUUUGGAACAACCAAGAGCUCUUCGAUCUUGUUAAACAGUAUUUUGAGAACAGUCUAUUGACUCUGUAUUUCUGUACUGCUCUCGAGAAAUGCCUCAAGCGAGCUCGAGAGAGGCAAGUCAUCGUUCAAGUUGCGUUGUAGCAAUUCGAGCUCGAACAACAACAGAGGGAAGGAAUCAAUAAUAAUAAUGACGACUGUUUCGCCAAAACAUUGCAGGAAUUGAAGAACUUCAAGGCGGCCGGAGACCCUUUUACAGAGGAGUUCUUCUCUCUGUUUCAGUCUGUUUACAAAAAUCAAAUUUCGAUGUUACAGCAGCUGCAAUUGAAGAAGAAGAAGCUCGAUAAGAAAUUAAAGUCCUUGAAGUUGUGGAGGAAGGUUUCGAGUGUUAUAUUCGCUGUUGCAUUCGCGGCUGUUUUGAUUUGCUCGGUCGUGGCGACGGCAGUUGCAGCGCCCCCGGUUGUGACGGCUUUGGCAGCUGCGGCCGCAGUUCCGCUGGGAACAAUGGGUAAAUGGUUUGAUUCUCUUUGGAAUAAGUAUGAGAAUGAAGUGAAAGGAGAGAGGGAGAUCAUUAGUUCAAUGCAAAUUGGGACUUAUAUUGCGAUUAAAGACUUCGAUAGCAUUCGGGUUCUUGUGGGUAGAUUGGAAAUUGAAAUGGAAUCUCUGUUGCAGAAUGCUGAUUUUGCUCGUCUGCUAACACUCUCUCUCACUCUCUUUCCACCACAUGAUCCC